UCAAGGGGAGCAAUGAAGAAAAUUCAGCCAGCUACAAUGCUCAAGAAGUCAGGAGCAUGGAUUUGCUUCAAUGGGAGUACAAGAAACACCAUCAUACCAAAGGAUUCUUUCAGAAUUCAGUGGCAAUGUGAUAAAUGUGGCGAGACAUUCUUGCAAAAGUUGGAGUUACGAAAGCAUAAACUCCAGCACAGGAGGGAUACUGAGAAGUCAAAGUUACCAGAUGUAAAGUCUAGUCAUGAUUGUGCCAAAGACAUGUCCUCAGAACCAAACUCACAGUCUGCAGUAGGUACUGUGACUGGGCCUCGUCUCUCAAGGUCUAAGACUGUCACGCCUCAGAGCUGCUCAAAUGAAUCGAGUGCCUGUGAAAGCAUGAAAAGUUCAAAAGUUAACACUGCUUCUCCCAUCUCCCCAACCAAGAAAGAAGAAAAAUGCACCUCCAUCAAUGAAGCAAAGCAUGAAUGUACAAAUUGUGGGAAGAGCUUUCGGUUUCCAAGUCACUUGAUAAUACAUCGGAGGAACCAUGAACGAGAAAAAUUGAAACCAAAAGUGAAAUGUCAGCCAUGCAGAAAAACUUUUACCACUCAGGCUGCUUUAUCCAGGCAUAAGAAAGUCACUCAUGAAGAAUCCAAGAAGAAUAAGAAAUUUGUUUGCAUGGUAUGCAACACAGUCUUGCAGAAUUCAAGCACUUUAGUAAGACAUAUGAUUUCUCACUCAGGAAUGAAGCAGCACACUUGUGACAUUUGUAGUUCCAAGAAGGACAAUGUCCGGAAUCACAUCAUAUCCAUACAUUAUCAGGUUAAACGUCAUACAUGUCCUGUGUGUCAUCAGUCUUUUAAGGGUCACCUUUCUAAUCACAUGAGAAUCCAUAGCAAGGAGAAGCCAUAUGAGUGUGCUCAUUGCAAGGUGUCAUUUUGUCAGAAGUCACAGCUUUUGGUCCAUCUGAGAAUUCAUACAGGUGAGAAACCAUAUUCCUGUUCAACUUGUGGGAAAUCAUUUGCCCAUUCAAGUGUGUGGAAAGCACAUGAAAGGAAGCACACAGGUGUUCGACCGUAUUCUUGUCAACUGUGCCCAUCACAGUUUGUGCAGUUACCUCAUCUGAAGAAGCAUAUGAGAAGAAUUCAUUCACAACAUCCAUAUUUGUGUAUGGAUUGUAAGUCAAGCUUUCAGAAGAGGAGAGAACUAGAGGAUCAUAUUUCUCUGCAGCACAAGAAAAAAGCUGAAGCAGGAGAUGGGUCAAAUCUUGAUAUUGAGUUAGGAAACAAUAUCACAUCUGACUUGGUCAAGUCCAGAGUCAAGAAAUUCACUCCCACUAUAAUGGAAUCUACAGUUGGUGGAACAUGUGAAAAGCGUGACAACCAGCCCAAGAAUCCGACCACUCCUAUUAAAGGAUUAGAUCCAGUGAGGAUAGGAAGACUAUGCUUGCUGAGAGAACUUGUUGGAGGUUUGAUGAAGAAAAUAACAUCAAUGGAAGAUCUUCAAGAGUUAGGUUAUGGUGUGGUGGAUAUUGAUGAAGUACUAGAAAAAUCAUUGCUAGCUGCAGGGUUCCCUAUUUCUGAGAACAAGGAUGUACUUUCAAGACUUGAGGAGAAUAUCAUCGCUCUCCUAAGGUGGACCAUCCCCAAAAGGUUCCAGAAAUACCUUGAGCAGAAGCAUAAUUCAGUUGAGCUCAUUUUGAAGGAGCUCACAUCAUGA